GUCAGUUGAAAAGCUCAGCCGGCCGCCCAACGCUUCUCUGCCUGAAAACUAAAAUUCGUAUAGUAGGCGCCGCGGGCGGCCCGCGCGAGCCAUGGCUGCCCAACCGCCGCGCCUUCCCCCUAACAACCUGCUCUUCAGCGGACCUCCUCCAUCUUUACCGCGCGUGGUUUUCUUGCCAAGUGACACCGCUGCAAAUAAUCCCGUUAUAGAAAGCGCAUGCGAUGAUGACCUUGACCAGAAAAACGAUGCGGAUGUCUCCGACGAAAUAAACAACGAGACAGUGCCUGUGAAUGGUGAAGAUCACAAUCAAAAAGUUUACAAACCAUCAGACCAAGAACAGUUCUAUACAUUAAAUAAUUUAAGAAGAACUCGAAGUUUUGAUGUGUUAGAUAUUUAUACUUGUAGAGAUGAUAGUGUCAUAGAAGGAGGUGUAAUUGGCUUAAAACAUCGUAGGUCUGAACCGGACUUGAAUAAAUAUGGUCUUUUUGUUGAAACUGAAAUUGAAUGUGAACCAAUACAACCACCUCCGCUCGUUCUAAACAAUCCGUUUUAUGAUGCUUCAUAUGCUUUAAUUGGUGAUGAUGUAAACGAAAAUAUUGUUAUGUUGCCCGAAAAUUACUUGGCCUUUGAAGAUUCGUUUGAUCCCACAUGGAAUUACAAAACAAAUGUUGUGGGUGAUCAGGGAUUAUACUAUGACGGUCAACCUCUCAUACCACCCAAUGAUCCAUGGUCGAUAUAUAGCAACAAUAACAAUAGUUUUGAAUAUUACACACCCCAAUUUGAAAUACCUACGGAAGAUGGAGUACAAUAUAUGCGCCUCAGUGACUUAGAUUACGCCAUACCUCAGUAUAUGAGCCUUCCGUUAGUCGAAAAAAAGAUUCAUAGUGAACCGUGCUCAGAUUGUUGUAGUCAAAUGGAGAAAGAACAGGAUAAGGAAACUAAAGUGGAUGAAGAAGCAGAAAAAAAUGAAAAUGUUUGCAGUGAAUUAGUAACAGAGAAUAUUCAACCUUUAACCGCUACUGUUGUAAAUACAUUAAGCUUAGAUAAAACUGAUAGUGUAGACUCUUUACCGAACAGAGAAUCCUCAUGCAGUGAAUCCUUUAAUGCGGAUAUAUCUAUUGAUGUGACGUCCAGUUUAGCUUUCAUGCCUAGUAGUAAAAGCUCCCGACGUUCUCAAGGAACUGACAAUACUAGUGAUAACACGUCACCAUGUUCCACUGAUUACCACGAAGCUUCGGCUCUUGACAUAGCUCAAAGCUUAGAUGAACUUUCAUGUUCUGGCAGCACAGACUUUUCGCAGAGUCGAGAGGAAGUCUCUCCUAUACCGGAGGAUCAAACAACUAGUUGUAAACAACAAAGCAGAGUAAAUAGUAACAAUAACAACGAACCCAACAACAUUGAAACAAAUAAGCCACUGGCCAGUUUACCACUAUGUAAACUACCUUCCAUUCCAUUACACGAGCAAAUGCCACCAAAGCUCCCCCCUCAGAGGAAUAAUGUGAUGUGUAAUAAUAAAAAUGUACAUAAUAAUUCAUUUACAAAUACAGACGCUAGUGUUGUCCAGUGUGAAUCGACAACUCAAAGUGAUAAAACAACUAAAGAUAAUAAUGUCAAACAUGCUGCAAAAACAACUGCUCCUAACGCAGUUAAUGUAAACGACUCAUCAAAAUGUAUGAGAGCGGCACCUCAACCGCCGUCUGUGCCGCCAGCGUGGUUGACAAAAAGUACAACAGGUGGAAAUAAACAGAAAGUUACCAAAGACGUGCCUCAAAUACUUAUAAAUAAUGUAGAUGAGACCAAACACGACAAGAGUACUGCGUCCACACAAAUAACAACUAAGUCGACUGAUCCUGGAGACCCUCAGCCCUCCUGCUCUUAUGCACCGCCAGUACCUCCGCCUCCAGCCCAGCUGAAGCCCAAAGAUGUAGAGAGCUCCCGGGCACGCUCCUCCGUCAAGGACGACAAGGACGGACAUCUGGUGUACUGGCCCGGAUAUGUCAUGGGAGCGAGAUACAAAAUCAUCGAGACGCUCGGUGAGGGAACCUUCGGGAAGGUGGUCGAAGUGAAGGAUCUCGAAAUGGAGCACAGAAUGGCUCUGAAGAUAAUAAAAAAUGUGGAGAAAUACAGAGAGGCUGCGAAAUUAGAAAUAAACGUAUUAGAAAAAUUAGCAGACAUUGACCCCGAUUGUAAGAAUCUGUGCGUGAAGAUGCUAGACUGGUUUGAAUAUCACGGACACAUGUGUAUCGCGUUUGAAAUGCUCGGACAAAGUGUAUUUGACUUCCUGAAAGACAACAACUACCAGCCGUAUCCCCUGGAGCAGGUGCGACACAUCUCCUACCAGCUGAUACACAGCGUGCUGUUCCUACACGACAACAAACUCACACACACCGACCUCAAGCCCGAGAACAUACUGUUCGUGGACAGCGACUACGAGGUCGUCAGUGUGUACAACACCUCCAAGAAGAAGCACGACCUCCGUCGCGUGAAGCGCAGUGACGUCCGCCUGAUAGACUUCGGCAGCGCGACCUUUGACCACGAACAUCACUCGACAAUAGUCUCCACGAGACAUUACAGGGCACCAGAGGUCAUACUCGAGCUGGGUUGGUCUCAGCCGUGUGACGUGUGGUCCAUCGGCUGCAUCAUGUUCGAGCUGCACCUGGGCAUCACACUGUUCCAGACACACGACAACAGAGAACACCUCGCCAUGAUGGAGAGGAUACUAGGACCGAUACCAUACAGAAUGGCAAGAAAAACAAGGACGAAAUAUUUCUAUCAUGGCAAAUUAGACUGGGAUGAAAAGUCAUCGGCGGGGAGAUACGUUAGAGAGAAUUGUAAACCGUUAUUAAGGUAUCUCCAGACUAACAGCGAGGAGCUCCGUCAGCUGUUCGAGCUGAUCGGCCGCAUGUUGGAGUACGAGCCCUCACAGAGGAUCACGCUCAGGGAGGCGCUGCAGCAUCCCUUCUUCAGCAAACUACCGCACAACCAGAGACUAGGAUACCAGUUUACAAGGCCGUCGUUCUUUAGGCAAUGACCGCGCGCGCUGCAACGGCGAGAGCUCGGCGUCCCGCGAGCGAUCUCACUCACUGAGCCGGUGAGUCGACCCGCGGGCGGGGCGCGGGCCGGGCGCGGGCCGCGGUGCAGUGACAAGUGAUAUGUUAUGAACAUUGUAAUCUAGGUUAUGUUUUGUUGUGAAUCGGUACUUCUCAAUUUGUAUUUAUAAAAUAAUUAAUAUUUCAAAUAAAGACUGUCAGUCUCA